UGCAACACAAAAAUAUAGCAAAGCAUUAAACGUAAAUAAGCCGGUAGCAAUUGGAGUACUUACUGUAAAUAGUUGCUAUUAACUGUAAUAUAAUGUCUGAAGAGGCGCCCAGUACGUCUAGUUUUGGCUUUAAGAAGCGGAAUGUUAACAGAAGCGCCGGCAUGCGGCGAAAGAAAGUCAGCAGCAGCAGCAGUGAUUCAGCUAAAAAUAGCGACGAGGAGUCACAUAGUAAAACCAGCGCUUUACUUCGUGCCGAAAAUCGACGAAAACGUACGAAUCCCAACUUUCAGAGCACCAAAACUGCGAAACGAAGAGCGGAAACGGGCGUCGCAGCUGGAAAUGUCUCAGACAGCGAUUCAGACUCUGCUGGCGAUGCCAAUGGAGUGCUCGUUGCAUAUAAAUCGAAACGCGAAGGCAUACCCAGCGGCCCGCAAGAUCAGGGCGCAACCUCCAUAAAUGAAGUGGAUACCGAACUGGAUCGCGAUGCCCAGGCAAUCCAUGCGCGCUCGGUCAAAAUCAACGAAGAACUUGAAGGAAAGGCAGACGACAAGAUCUACCGUGGUCUCAAUAAUUAUGCGCAGUACUAUAAGAAGAAGGACACGGCAGCUGGCAACGCCAGUUCAGGCAUGGUACGAAGUGGACCUAUACGGGCGCCGGCUCAUUUGCGUGCCACUGUCCGUUGGGACUAUCAGCCAGACAUUUGCAAGGAUUACAAGGAGACGGGCUACUGUGGAUUUGGCGACAGUUGCAAGUUCUUGCAUGAUCGCAGCGACUACAAAGCAGGCUGGCAACUGGAAAUGGAUCACGAGGCGCAGCGCAAGGGAGAAUGCGAUUCGGAUGGGGAUGAUACCAAAUACGAGAUCCACUCAGAUGAGGAGUCUUUACCAUUCAGAUGUUACAUAUGCAGGGGGAGUUUUGUCAAUCCUGUAGUUACCAAGUGUAAGCAUUACUUCUGUGAGAAGUGUGCUCUAGCUCAGUACAAAAAAUCGCAGCGCUGCAUCAUUUGCUCACAGCAAACCAAUGGCAUAUUUAAUCCUGCUAAGGAGCUUAUAGCUCGUCUCAAAACAGAACCCAUGGAAGAUUUAGAUGGUGAUGAAGACAAUGAAAACAAUCAUCAUGACAAUAGCAAAGAGCAAGAGCCGGCUAUAUCCUCGAAUAGUGAUAGCGAUUAAUCAGGUUGUUUUAAA